CCAUUUUGGCCCGAGUUGUGCCAAAAACACAAUACAAAAAUUUUAGCCGGCUAAAUUUUUUCGAGGUAUGACCAAAUUUUGGUCUCGCACCAAACAGAGACCAAAUUAUCAAAGCACGGUCAAAUUUUGACUUGGCUCACUUUGGCUGGUAACCAAACACGCCCUAAGAGCCUAAGCCCACACACAAACUCUAAAUUCGGUUUGUCAUCUCCCUUGGUGCAAGAAGUGUCGCCGUUCCCACUGAUUCUUCUUCAGUUGUGUCCCUCCAUAAAAAAAGGAAAGUAUCAUUCCACAAAACCACUUGUAUUGAUUCCUGGGAAGCAUUCAUUCUUGACCUUGCAUCGUAGUUGCAAGCAACUUUGCAACUAUCCCUGAUCUAAACCUGUCCUUGCAUUAGUUUGCCAUGAGCAGUGGGGUUUCCAUGGAUGCAAUCAGCCUUGAUCAGUGGGAGCUCCUGCCUGACCACAAGAGCUCCUUCUUCAUGGAGGAGUGCAUCAAUGGCCAUGGCACUGUUGAUGGUAAGGAUCAGCUUGUGCUCGGCGCCAAAUUGGUACUGAUCAACAUGGACCACUUCACCUCUGCAUCUCACCCUCCUCCCUAUGAUUGCAUCCGUAUGGGCAUGAUCCGGUCAUCGAGUUCAAGGACAUCAGUGUCGUGCAGGUGGAACCGAAGCGAGAGGAGAUCGUUCCUACGGUGACUGAGAGCAGAUGAUCAAGUGUCCUGCUGGUGUAAAGGAUAUUGAUCAGGAUGAGGUGCUAGUUGAAGCUACACCUGAUGAUCAGUGUGCUGAAGUGGAAGAAGGCAUCAGGAAAGUAGGUUUCAACGUGGUGAAUCUGAGAGUGCAUGGCGUUGGGGCACUCUGCUCGUUUGGGGUUGCAGCUGCCACAUUCUGCAUCUUCCUGCUUGGUGGCAAGCAGCAGCAGCAGCAGCAGAGGCAGAAGCAGAAGCACAAGAUCCAGCUCCAGAUGUGUGCUGAUGACGAGGUUUGUGGAGAUUUCCUGUUGUCAUCUGCCAAUUCAGCAUUUUUAAUAUAUUUACUGUUCCUCAUGGGCAUGUUCUUGGAUUAAGAUAUUGCUUACUUAACUUAUACGC